UAACAGUAUUGAACAUAUUACCCAUAAUACACCUUGCCUUAUUACUUCCUUUUUGUGAAAAACGUUUUCACGAGGGAAUCAUUAAGGACGUCCGCCAAUAUGUCUGAUGCGGAAGGAGAUGAUACCUCUGCUAGUGGAGCUGGGUCCAUGGAUAUAUACACAGCCUUACAAGAAGUGCUGAAAACAUCCCUGAUCCAUGACGGUCUGGCCAGAGGACUUCAUGAAUGUACCAAGGCACUUGACAAACGUCAAGCGUUCCUCUGUAUUUUGGCAAAUAAUUGUGAUGAACCAGCUUACGUUAAACUGGUAGAGGCUCUUUGUGCAGAGCAUGGCAUCAACCUGCUCAAGGUUGACGACAACAAGAAGCUGGGUGAAUGGUCAGGGCUUUGCAAAAUCGACAAAGAAGGAAAAGCUAGAAAAGUGGUUGGCUGCAGUUGUGUAGUAGUAAAGGACUAUGGCAAGGAUUCGCAAGCCCUGGACGUGUUGAAUGAAUACUUCAGAACGAAAAAGUAAACAAAAUUUUGUCUUUGGACAAAAGUUUUAAUAAAGACAGUUGAUGGAGAA